AUGAAACGCGGUGUAUAUGAGGCUUUGUGGCUAGAGUGGCAGCAGGAUAAACACAUAUACGAUCCCCUUAAAAUACUUGAUUUUUAUAAGCAACUCGAGAAUGAGUCGAAUGUGCCGAAAACCUUAAUGGAAAAAAUCUAUCAGGCUUUCAUCGCUCGCUUCGCUCAAUUGCUAUCAGCGCCCUUCCACACCGACAGUCACGCUAGCGAUUUCCCUCAGGUCACCAAACUCCUUUCAAAACUAAAAGAAAGUCCACAAAAAUACACUCGCGACAUAUUUGAAACUCUGUUUGACGAUGUGCUUUCUUUGGAAUCCUCACUGAGUGUGGCACAACGACUGGGCAAUUUCAACGCCAGCUUAGAGCAAUUGGCCAUGGCCAACUUGCAAUUUGUUUAUCGUUCCGAGGUCUUGGUUAAUUCGAGUGCUCAUGCUGUGUUGCUGGACAAUCUACGCCAGUUAAUGAAGCAACCGGCUUUUUAUCUACAAGUGGGGAGCUCUCUAAUUUCUAAAGUGAUAAAAUUGCUGCCUUCGGAAAUUAAUUUGUUAUUCAUCGCUGAGAGGUUGUGCUUGCGAAAAGCGGACAACAUGGAAUAUCUUUGUGAGUGCUUUGGUCCCUCCGAUAUAUGCACCAAUCAACUAUACAAUGAAAAGUCAUCUCUCGGGGUACAACGCAAAAUCAAUGGCGCCAACAAUAGUACACUGUUUGCCUUCCACAAUCCACACUGGAAUAACCGUUAUUUAGGAAUGCACUCGGUCAAAGGGCAGAAAAGAGUUAAUAAGAACCUGUGCAGUCAGCGCGACAUCUACUGGUGGUAUGUGGAGCCGGUGCAAGACGGCGUGGCAAUCUACGACGCUGCCACAUCCAGCUUCGUGAUCUGCGGCGGCGAUCCAGCGCAAUGGAAUGACUAUUACAAAUAUGCAUACACUCGCCGUGCAGAGGAUUUUGAUGAGCAUCGCAAGGAUUGCACCUGGAUUAUCGAGGAUUGCAGGAAAUAA